CCUACAAAAUAAGUAGUACUUGUUAUUCAUCGUUAUUUUUACCAAUUCCUGGAAAAUUUGCACUAGGGAUCCGUCUUCGGGUUGCUAAUUUCGAAAAGAAAUAGUGAAAAAUGACGUUAAUUUUUUUCUUUUUAAAUUUGUGCAGUUCCAUCUUCAGAAGAACGUUCGCGAAUUAUUGCGCAUAUUGAUAAAGAAUUUGAUUUUCCGUCGAGACGGAAGAUGAGUUCGCAAAUAGAUUGCGAUCGGUCGGUAUGUAAUUUCUGUAAGUCGUGCGAGAAUUUAUCACGUUGCGCCCGAUGCAAAGUGACCUUUUACUGUUCCAAGGAACAUCAAAAAAAAGACUGGAAAAAACACAAGCACACUUGUCGUGAGAUAGUGGGAUUAGGGAACUCUGUGGAAGCGAAAUACGGCAAUACGGUGCACAACAGAGCUUCAGCUCCUUUGCCUGUGGAGGGCAGCUCAGAAAGUGAAAUCUUGUGUGCUGUAGAUGAAACUUUAACAGAUAAUCACUGUGAUGAAAAAAAUUCAGUUGACAACAAUUUAAAGUACAAAUCUAGUAUGGCUAUCAAAUAUUUUCCUGAAAUCUCUUUAACUAGUAGUGGUGCACUAUUUGAACACCAUAUAGAAGAUGAUGUGUUGGAGGAGAUGUGCAAAAAUAUUGUGCAAGAUUUGAAUUAUUACGGGUUGUGCGUUCUAGAUAACUUUUUGGGCUUUGAAAUUGGUCAGAAGGUGCUGGCAGAGGUGUUGAAAAUUAAAGGGAUGGGUGCUUUAAGAGAUGGCCAGUUGGUUUCUAGUAAGGGUAAAGCCAAAGAGGACUUAAAGACUAUAAGGAGUGAUCAAAUUUGUUGGGUGCACGGAAAAGAAGAGUAUUCAAAACACAUUGGUUAUCUAAUUAAUAAGGUGGACAAGUUAAUAACAAGAGCAAAUAAAAUGGAAAAUAAUGGUAAACUGGGAAAGUACAACAUUAAUAAUCGUACCAAGGCUAUGGUGGCUUGUUAUCCGGGUUCGGGUACCCAUUACGUUAAGCACGUAGACAACCCCAAUAGGGACGGCAGAUGCAUAACUGCAAUCUAUUAUCCCAACUUGAAUUGGGACGUCAGACGAUGCGGAGGGCUGUUGCGAAUAUUCCCUGAAGGGUGGAGGGAAGACAAGGUGGCAGAUAUCGAACCGUUGUUUGAUCGGUUAAUAUUCUUCUGGUCAGAUAGGAGAAACCCGCACGAGGUGCAGCCUGCCUUUGAGACCCGUUAUGCCAUCACAUUAUGGUACUUUGACGCGGCUGAGAGGGAGGAAGCGUUGAGAAGGUUUGAGGAAGCAAGGAGGGGACAAUUAGAGAAAUCGCCAACGCCAUCUACCUGAUUACAUAUAUUUAUGCAAAUACCCUGAUAUAUUAGAGCUGUAGAAUAAGUUAAACGCGCCUGAUUUAUGAGUCUAUUGUGAUUUCGGUAGCUUUAGGACAUAUAAAGUCGUUAAACGGGAGCAAUAAAUUUAGUCAAAAGUAUCUAUUAAAAUGAGUUCAAAAAAACGUGUUUUCUGUAAUGUCGAACUCACUUUAGCUGAGUACCAAAAUGCAUAAUUUUUAGCCUCCGUUUUUCAAUAACAGACUUUUUAUCUCUUACUGAGACCCCAAUAGAAGCACCCACCUGAUGCGUUAUUAAAUUAUAUUGACUUUUUUUUUAUUAUUGAAAGUAAAUUUUUAUUUAAUUAAUCGGUAGUAUUUAAUAUAAUUUGAGGUGAUAUUUUAUGAAGGGUGCACGUUUGAAAACAAGCGUUACAUAUAUAUAUAUAUAUAAAUAUAAAUCAGGCGCAAAGGUUGUACAUACAUUUCCUGUUUUUGUAUCAAGCGACUUGUAAAAUAGUGAAAUUGUAAAAUAGUAAGGAUGCGAUUCUUUAUUGUUAUUGUACUUAUCUAUUUUAUACAAUAGGCAUUGUAAAAAUUGUUUGAAGCGCCCCGGUUGCAUCUCGUCCGUUUUGUGUUAAUUUAUCAUAUGUUGAAUGAUAUCUGAAUCGCCUAAUACUUUUUUCCAUUAUUGUGUAUGUUGUUAUACUAACAGUUUUAAUGAGCGCUGCGAAAAAAAUAUAGUUAUUUUUCAUAUAAAUAAUAAUUAAUAUAUUUUGGACGGCCAAAGCCUUUUACUCAACCCAUACUAAA